AUGGCCCAGCUGGCCUCCAUGAGCCUCCGGCUGGUGCAGGCUCAAGAAUGGGACAUGGAUGCCCGGCGACCGAUGCCUUUCCAGUUCCCGCCCUUCCCAGAUAGGGCCCCCGUCUUCCCCGACCGCAUGAUGAGAGAGCCCCAGCUGCCCACGGCCGAGAUCUCCCUCUGGACCGUGGUGGCCGCUAUUCAGGCCGUGGAGAGGAAGGUGGACGCCCAGGCCAGCCAGCUGCUAAAUCUGGAGGGGCGGACGGGCACGGCCGAGAAGAAGCUGGCCGACUGCGAGAAGACGGCCGUGGAGUUCGGGAACCACAUGGAGAGCAAGUGGGCCGUGCUGGGGACGCUGCUGCAGGAGUACGGGCUGCUGCAGCGCCGGCUGGAGAACAUGGAGAACCUGCUGAGGAACAGGAACUUCUGGGUGCUGCGGCUGCCCCCCGGCAGCAAGGGGGAGGUCCCCAAGGUCCCCGUGACGUUUGUCGACAUCGCCGUCUACUUCUCCGAGGACGAGUGGAAGAACCUGGACGAGUGGCAGAAGGAGCUGUACAGCAACCUGGUGAAGGAGAACUACAAGACGCUCGUGUCGCUGGAUGGGGACGGCCCGGUGCCCAAGCCAGAUGCCCCCGCCCAGGUGGAGCCCAGAGAGGAGCCGUGUGUGUGGGAGCAGCGUGAGCCCGAAGGGAGAGAGAUCCUGAUGGACCCAGACACAGGAGCCGAGCCCCUGGUGCCUGCGCAGGAGACGCCCUCCCAGGUGAAGCGCGAGGACGCCCUGUGCGCCCGGGGCCAGCGGGGCCUGGAGGAGAGGGCCAUCCCCACCGAGUCCAUCAGCGACUCGCCAGCCUCGGCCCAGGACCUCUUGUCCCGGAUCAAACAGGAGGAGCCCCCGUGUGUGUGGGAUCAGCAGGACCUGGCGGAGAGGGAUAUUCCCACGGACCCCAAUUCAGAGUCUCUGAUCUCGGCGCACGACAUCUUGUCCUGGAUCAAGCAGGAGGAGCAGCCGUACCCGUGGGGCCCCCGGGACUCGAUGGAGGGAGAGCUCGGCUUGGACUCCGGCCCCAGUGAGUCGCGCCGGUGGGACCCGGGUGCUGCGCCGGGAGCCCCAGGGCUGAGGCCCGAGAUGAGGGGCGUUGCGGCCCCACUCGCCCUCGGUGGGGUGAUGCCCUGUCCAGGCAGCCUUUCUCGGCCUUCCCAAAGCCCUGUUCCCUCUCCUCUGGGGCGGUGGCCAGUGUGUUCGUGUCCUCUGGCCGGCCCACCGACCACCACGCCCCGUGGCUGCACACACAGGCAGGCGGGGCUGUGCGCCCCCGGUCAGCAGGAGCGUGUGGCCUGGCUGGACCGUCCCAGCCGCUGUGGGAACGGGCCUGGGAACGGUGCGGAAGCUGCAGGGCCAGAGGGGCCUCUCCUCCGCGGCCUGCCCUGCCACAGGAGGAAGCGCCGUGCGCCCCCCCUGGCUCCUUCCACGCUGCCCUCACACGCUACAGAGAAAAGCUCCUAUUUCCAGACCACAGAGAUCUCCCUCUGGACCGUGGUGGCUGCCGUUCAGGCCGUGGAGAAGAAGAUGGAGGCCCAGGCCGCGCGGCUGCAGAGCCUGGAGGGGCGGACGGGCACGGCCGAGAAGAAGCUGGCCGACUGCGAGAAGACGGCCGCGGAGUUCGGGAACCAGCUGGAGGGCAAGUGGGCCGUGCUGGGGACGCUGCUGCAGGAGUACGGGCUGCUGCAGCGCCGGCUGGAGAACAUGGAGAACCUGCUGAGGAACAGGAACUUCUGGGUGCUGCGGCUGCCGCCUGGCAACAAAGAAGAGACCCCCAAGGUGUCCAGGUCCCUGGAACACGAUGGAGUCUGUUUUUCAGAGCGGGAGUGGGAAAAUCUGGAGGACUGGCAGAAGGAGCUGUACAGGAAUGUGAUGGAGAGCAACUAUGAGACGCUGGUGUCUCUGAAGGUCCUUGGCCAGCCAGAAGGAGAAGCGGAGUUGGGGACAGAGGUGCUGGGUGAUUUGGAGGAGGAAGGUGCUAGUGAUGUCCACUCAGAAGGGGUCAUGACCAAACAGGAGCUGCAGUUCGCGCAGGGUGGCUCCGCAGGCCCCCCCGGAGAGUCUUGGGGCGCAGCCGAGGAGCAGGCUUUCCCGAGCCCGGAGCAGGCUGGGCUCUGGGGCGGGCAGGGCGGCUCCUUCCUCUUGGAAUCAGACCCCAGGGACUCGGGUCCAGAGGAGCCCGCCGAGGGCAGUGGGGACCCGCGAGGCAGUGGAGCCCCGGGCAGCCCGCCGGAGCAGACAGCUCCCCGGCAGGCCCAGCUGGCUCGGGAGUGUGGGCCGGGCCUGACUCUGCAGAGGGGCGCGCCCAGCCCCCACGAGUGCGCGCAGUGCGAGAUCAGCUUCCGCUCCGAGCAGCUGCUGGCCGCACACCUGCGGACCCACUCGGCGUGGGAGUCUUGCCCCGCCGCUGAGCCCGAGGGGAGCCUGAGACCCAGGCCCCGGCUGCAGCCGCAGCCCAGGAAGGCAAAGCUGCACCAGUGCGGCGUGUGCCAGCGGAGCUUUGGCUGCAGGCUGAGCCUGGUCGCCCACCAGCGCUGCCACCUGCAGGGGGCGCCGAGUGCCGGCCCCCGGGGCCAGGAGCGCUUCUCGCCCAACAGCCUGGUAGCGCUGCCCGGCCACAUCCCAUGGAGGAAGAGCCGCGGCUCCCUCAUCUGCGGCUACUGCGGCAAGAGCUUCAGCCACCCGUCCGACCUCGUGCGGCACCAGCGCAUCCACACGGGCGAGCGGCCCUACCGCUGCCCCGAGUGCGAGAAGAGCUUCGUGCAGAAGCAGCACCUGCUGCAGCACCAGAAGAUCCACCAGCGCGAGCGGGGCGGGGCGGCCCCUGGGCCGGGCAGGCCCAACGGCCUGCUUUAGGGACGCCAGCCCCUUGCCCGUUGGGGGGCGGAGGGGGCUGGCGUUGGUCCCCCUGAAGAAACCCAGAGCAGAGUCAGGGACUGACUUCUCCCGAGAAGAGUCAUUUUGCUCGGCCUUGUCUCAGCCGGGCAGCACCAGGCUGAGGCCGAAGGUGGCCUGAGGCCACGGGAGGGUGUGUCCAGGGCCCAACCGCCCAGGCCGUCUGUCCCCUGCUGUCGCUGCACCUUCAGGCCUCGGGCGCCCUGUCUUGCUGGGGCCUCUGGCCGGGCACCCCUCUGACCGCAGGACCGCAGGGCUGCGGCGGGUUCCAGGCUCUUUAUUCGUGCGGGUCUCCGGGGGCUGCGUGGGCCAGGGCGCGAGCCGGGCCUGGGAGGCGCGGCCUCCAUCUCUUCUUUUGUAGUCCUUUGUUAAUAACAAGUAGAAGACGCGAUGUAAGUGAACUGCUUACCUGCUCUGAGGAACCUUUUUGGAAUUAGAUUUUAGUUGAUUAAAAUAUACGUAGUCUGACACUUGUUUUCUGAGCUUCCAGAGUUGCAGAAGUUGUUCCUGACACGAGGACUGGGCUCCCCUCUACGAGGGGUCAUUUACGGGGCUCUUUUAGCCCACCACACUGACAGGCCAGAGACCAGGGACAGCGUGCCGGGCUCCUCCUCUUGGGGGUCCUGGGCGCUUCAGUGGGGCUAACCGAAUCCAAAGGAGCGAGAGGGAGAGUAGGGAGGCCCCAGGGCCUCUGCUGCGGUCGAGGCUGUAAGGGAGCUGAGCAAGGCGCUGCCUCAGGGAGUCGGGUUCCUCCCCGCGGCCCUCUCCUUGCGGCCAGACCCUGCGCGGGCCUCGGGGCUCCCUCGGAAGCUGGUUCACUGUGUGCCGGUGGCGGUCUGAGUCUGCUCCCCACACAGGCUGCCUCCUCGGUGCUGGGGGUGACUUGUCCUCCAUAUUGGUUCUGGGAGCGAGCUGGUGGGGACAGAGUGCACAGCGGCCGUCCCAAGAGUGCUCAAGACCUGCCCUGCCCGUAGGGGCCGGCAGUGGCCCUGGGCAUGUGGGAGUGCCCCUGUGAUGACUUGCCGUUGCCUAAAUAAAACUCACU